AUGCCUCCGUCUACAGAAAUCCAAUCCAAAGUCGAGGAAGAUGAGUUCCCCCUGGAAACAGUGGAGGAUGUCCCAGUCAACAAAAUUACCAGCUUCAAUGGCAAACUGCAGCAAUACCUGCAUAACGGGACCGCGGCGCAAGUAGCCCAAAGUGCCUCUCGGAAUACUAUAUCUCAACGCCGCGUAAACACCACCGAAGCCGAAUAUAAACCAAACAUUACUGAACGUCAAACAAAAGCCAUCAACCGCAGCCCAAGGCGCAAGAGAACAGUCCCACAGACAAUAGCGCCCGAGACCACAACCACCCACCUACGCACCACCCGCUCCCAGUCGAUCUCAACGACAACGUCUCCAUCUCCAAACAAACGCCAGCGCAGCAGAGGAACACCACAACUCUCACCCACACCCCCAAUCCCCGGCCCAUCAGCCACAGAAUCCCUCCUCCGCGACACAAUCCCCCCAAACCUAAUCCUCCUCCUUGUAGGCGUGAACCCCGGAAUAAUGACAGGGAUAACGGGGUACGCCUACGCACACCCAUCAAACCUAUUCUGGAAACUACUGUUUUCAUCAGGGAUAACUAGUAUGCGCCACAUACCAGCCGACACAUACAAGCUUCCUGCGCUGUACAGCGUUGGCAAUACGAACAUCAUUGAGCGACCUACGCGCGAUGCGAGCAUGCUCAGUCGCGCGGAGAUGGAUGCCGGUGUUCCUGUACUUGAGGCUAAAGUUGCAGCCCAGAGGCCUGAGGCUGUUUGUCUUGUUGGGAAGGGUAUUUGGGAGGCUGUUUGGAGGGUUAGACAUGGGAGGGGAAUUCGGAAGGAGGAGUUUCGGUAUGGAUGGCAGGCGGAGGAGGAGAAUAUGGGUCGUUGUGAUGAUUGGGCUGGGGCAGCGGUUUUCGUCGCUACGACGACUAGUGGGCUUGCGGCUGGGAUGACACUUGCGGAGAAGGAGGCUGUUUGGGCGGAAUUGGGGAGUUGGGUUGUUAGGAGGCGGGGGGAGAGGGGUUUAGAUUCUAUGGUUAAGGAAGAGGUUUGA